AUGGGCCUCACCAACCCCUCGCCGCUCGCGACCGCGGCAGCAUCAGCAGCAGCAGCAUCAGCAACAGCAGCCGCCGCCGCCGCCACCCGCCAAUACCUCCACCCGACGCCGAAGCCCGUAAGCCUCAUCGAGUUCACCGACGCCCUCCGCGCCGCGGCCCCGCCCCGGUUCCCUCAUGCCCGCACCUCGCAGCCGCGCCGCAUCGGGCUCGCCGUCUCGGGCGGCGUCGACUCCAUGGCCCUCGCCUACCUCUUCAACCGCCUCCGCGAGGUGAACCCGCUCGUGCGCGUCGUCGACAACCCGCUGACCAAGAUCUCGGCCCUCGUCGUCGACCACGGGCUCCGCCCCGGCAGCGACGCCGAGGCCCAGGGCGUCGCCCGCGAGCUCAGGACCCUCCGCUACCUGCGCGCCCACAUAGACAGGGUGAACUGGAGGGCCGAGGGCGUCGAGGGCGACCCGGCCGCCCUGCCCAACCUCGAGAGCGCCGCCCGCCGCGCCCGCUACCGCCGCCUGGGCAUCUUCUGCGCCGCCCUGCACAUCGAGAGCCUCUUCCUCGCCCACCACCAGGACGACCAGCACGAGACGGUGCUGAUGCGCCUGCUCGCCGGCCACGGCAGCCGCGGGCUCCGGGGCAUCUCGCCCGCCGCCAACAUCCCCGAGUGCUACGACAUGCACGGCGUCUACGAGAGCGGCCACGUCGACGACCAGAUGAUGCCGAUCCCGCACGUCAGCUUCCGCCCGCACAAGAAGGACUGGAAGUCGAUGCGCAUGGAGCUGCGGUCCGAACUCGACAUGGACCUCUACGCCGCCGAGCUGCGCGCCGGUUUGCAGGUCGACUGGCACGAGAGCCCCUACGUCGGCGGCGGCACUGCCACCGACGCGCUCUCCCGCGCGGCGAGCUCGGCGUCCGCCAGGGCGAGGGCCGCCGCCGCCGCCGCCGCCGCGCGCAACAUGCCGCGCAUCAGCGUCGAGGACGCCGGCGUCAUGAUCUACCGCCCGCUGCUCGGCUUCGGCAAGGACAGGCUCGUGGCCACAUGCGAGGCCAACAACGUCCGCUGGUUCGAGGACUCCACGAACAAGGACCGCACGCUGACCAUGCGCAACGCCGUGCGCCACAUGGUGCGCGAGCACGCCCUGCCCGCCGCCCUGCGCAAGGACAACGUCCUGCGCCUCGCGGCGCGGUGCGACGCCCGCGUCAGGGGCCAGGAGCACGAGGCGGACCGGUGGCUGCGGAGGUACUCGGACGCCGAGUUCGAGCCCAACGUCGGCACCCUGGCCGUUCGGCUGCCCGACAUGGGGGUGCCCGGCGGUGGCGGCCGGGCGGCGGCGCGGGGGACGAGGACGAGGACGAGGACGAGGAAGUCGGUUUACGACGACGCGAGGCGCGAGCUGCGGCUCGCGCACAGGCGGCUCAUCGCUGCGCUGAUAGUGCGCAGGCUCGUCGCCUUCGUCUCGCCAGACCGCAACCCGCCGCAGCUGUCGUCGCUGCAGACCGUGGUCGGCAGGCUCUUCCCCGCGCUCGCCGACCCCUCCGACCCCGCGACCCCGCCCAAGGCCUUCAACCAGGCCUCGGUUCUCUUCCUCCCCGUCGCGCCCGGCAGGUGGUACCUCGUCCGCGAGCCCUACCCCUCGCUGCACCCGCCGCCCGAGAUGGACUUCUACACGGCCAAGAACCUGGACGACCAGCGGUACCCGAUCUUCCCGCCGAUCAAGCGGGACCGCCCGCCGGCCGAGGCCGCCGACGCUGAGGACGCCGGAGGCGACGGCGACAAGCCCGCGGAGGCGAGGGUGGUGGCGGACAAGGAGAGGAUCGCGCAGCUGCACCGCCAGCCGCUGCCGUCGCAUGAGUUCAAAUCGAGGCGGUGGUACUCGUGGCGCCGCUUCCGGCUCUGGGACGGGCGGUUCUGGGUCCGCGUCCGGGGGCGCGUCAAGGCCGUGUUCCGCGUCGCGCCGUUCGCGCCCAUCCACGCCAAGGCGUUCCGGGAAGCCCUGGGUCCGGGCCAGUCCCCGCCAGCGGCUGGCGGUGCCGACGCAGACGCAGACGCAGACACCCCAUCCAACAUCCGCCCCGAAGAGUCCGCCUACGGCGGCAGCAGCAGCGUCACCGGCGACGACGGCGACGACGCCAGGGCGCGCCUCGAGGGGAUGCUGAAACGCUUCGCGCCGGGCAAGGUGCGGUACACGCUGCCGGCGCUGUACGCCGUCAACCGCGACGAGGAGACGGGCGAGGAGAUGCUGCGGAUGCUCGCGCUGCCGACGCUGGGCGUCUGCCUGCCCGGGCUGGAGCGGUGGGUGCAGUACGAGUUCCGGUACCGCAAGGUGGACAUGGGGCUGCUGGACGGCAUCGCGAGGGGCGGCGACAGCGGCAGCAGCAGCAGAACAGGCGAGAGGACCCCGAGGGCGGCCGCGGUGCUGAGGAAGAGGGCGCUGGAGGAGGGCAAGGCCGAGGAGAGGGUGAGGAGGCGGCUCAACGGCGUGAGGCGGGAGAGGCUGAGGGGGGCGCGGGCGAAGACGAGAGUCGCGGUUUAG